GCAAGUACACUAACUGUAAGCACUAAAGACAGUAGUUAUACGAAAAACGUCCAUGAAAAUUCCUGCAAAGAUAAUGACAUUGUCUUUUUUUCAUCGACGAGACGUUUCAUUCACUACCCGGUAGCUAGCUUGAGUUUGUACAUAAAAUAAUCAUCGUUGCUGAGGCUGCAGGCACGUGUACUUGCGUAUUGUAUAGGUCGAGUUGAUUCCCGUAAAGUCAGAGCUUGCUUUUCGAUAUUUAUACGAUUAGACGGAUUAGUGAUUAUUAAAUAUUGAAAAAUUUAUUGUUCGCAAUGUCGUCUGGUGAUGCUGCUGCCCAUCUGCGGAAAUACAAAUUGGUAUUCCUUGGAGAACAAAGCGUGGGGAAGACUUCCUUGAUAACGAGAUUUAUGUAUGAUACGUUUGAUAGUAACUACCAAGCGACAAUCGGGAUUGAUUUCCUUAGCAAAACUAUGUAUUUGGAAGAUCGGGCUGUUCGAUUGCAGUUAUGGGACACCGCCGGUCAGGAGCGCUUCCGCAGUUUAAUCCCUAGCUACAUUCGGGACAGCACUGUAGCUAUUAUUGUAUACGACAUCACAACAGAUGCAACAUCGUUUCAACAAACGUCCAAAUGGAUCGAGGAUGUGAGAAAUGAGCGUGGAAACGACGUUAUCAUAAUGCUUGUUGGGAAUAAAACCGAUCUCGCAGAAAAGCGCCAGGUUUCAACCGAAGAUGGGGAAACCAAAGCCAAAGAACAUAAGGUCAUGUUUAUCGAAACCAGUGCGAAGACUGGAUAUAAUGUCAAACAGAAAAGUGGCCACAUCUCUACCAGGAAUGGAUACCAUUGAAGAGCCGGCGCAUGAUAUGGUGGAAGUGAAGUUACGAAAUACCACUCACGAUGUACAAACGGAUGAAGGUGGCUGCUAUUGCUACACCAAACUUUUCAAAUGAAGAAGCUUCUCUCCGCUUCUACGGUGGCAGCUCUAAAAUAUAUUAUCACUUCACAGAUUAUAGUUAUACGAGUAUCGUUCGAAGCUUUGGGAUUUCGGGAGAAAUGUUCACAUACGCGAGCUUUAGAGACUAGUCAAAAUAUUUCAUAACAGGAAUUUGAUUCAACACAAGCCCACGUAUUACGUUCAGUGUUACGAUGAAGCAACGCAAAGUCUGCAAUUAC